AUUCGUAAUGCUGGAUUCCAAGAUCUUAAUUAACGGAUCAAGAUCAGUUUUGGACCAACAAAUUGUGGGUAAGGUCUAAGGUGUACGAUGUUUAGGGAUAACUAAAACAUACGCAGUAGAACAGUCCUGUAGUUUGAAAAAAGUUCCAAGCCGUCGUUGUUGUCCAUUUCUUUUCUAUGUUAUUUCCGUUCCAACCUUUUGAAUACGUUGUUCUUCCUUACCAAAACCUCUGCCACACUUUCCCUUCAUAUACUACUACUACGCAAUUACCACUCACUUUGCUGUUUCUUGAGUUAUGUCAUGAUCAUUGAUAUUACGUUUCAUACUAUGAAGAACGAAGGUGGAAGAAGAGCAUAAGCAGCGAGUUGGGGUUGAUGAGAUCAGAGUGAACAAGUUUGUUUAACUUGGGUUUUUGAAACGUUGACCCUGGAAAUGAUUUACAUGGCUUCUCUUCUGAAAAAUCUACGUCCUGGUGUGCCUUCAGUUCAUGAUGAUGGAAGUCAUCAUUACAGCUAUGAGUACUCUUUUGCUGAGGAAUACAAAGGUCCUCCUCUCAACUAUUCCAUCCCAGAAAUUCUUCCCUUCAACGUUAACCAAAUCCCUCUUGCACACGUUGCUGAUCAUUCUCCCCCUCAUCACUUAUCACUCCCAGUCAUCCAACCCUUUACAAAAAUCAAUGCAGAAUUGGAUUCAAGAACUGAUUCUAUUUCUUCUGAGCCACUUUCAUGCAGAGAAGAAGAGGAUCAUCAUGAUGAUCAUGAUGGCCCUCUUAGUCCUAAACAUGUUAAACGGCCUUCUGUGGUUACUUUUCGUGAUCCCACGACAAAUGAGAUAGUGGAGGAUGAAGAGUUAGUUGAAUCUGUUAGAGGAAAAAGUAAUAGUAGUAGUAGCAGCAGCAGCAGCCGUGUGAGGCCACAUGCUGUGAGAGGUGGGAAGAAAGGAUCGUGCUAUCGAUGCCUUAAAGGGAAUCGUUUUACUGAGAGGGAGGUUUGCAUUGUUUGCAGUGCGAAAUAUUGUGGCAACUGUGUGAUUAGAGCAAUGGGGUCAAUGCCUGAAGGCAGAAAAUGUGUCACUUGCAUUGGUUAUAGAAUUGAUGAGAGCAAGCGAGGGAAGCUUGGGAAACCUUCUAGGAUGCUCAAGAAAUUGUUGUCUGAGUGGGGAAUGAAACAAAUCAUGAAGGAUGAGAUGUUUUGUAAAGCAAAUCAGAUACCAGCAGAAAAUGUUAUGGUGAAUGGAGAACCUCUUGAUUGGGAUAAGCUCACUUUGCUUUUGACCUGUUCAAACCCACCAAAAGGAUUGAAACCCGGUUUCUAUUGGUAUGAUAAAGCAUCUGGAUUUUGGGGGAAGGAAGGUCAACGGCCAAGUCAAAUUAUUAGCCCACAGUUGGAGGUUGGGGGUCACUUGGAGAGAAAUGCAAGCAAUGGAAAGACAAAUGUAACUGUAAAUGGUCGAGAGAUUACGAAAGAAGAGCUCUGGUUACUGAAGUGGGCAGGAGUGCCGUGUGAGGGAACAACUGAAUUUUGGGUGAGUCAUGAUGGAUCAUACAUGGAAGUGGGACAGAAGAAUGUCAAGGGGAAUAUAUGGAAGAAGUCUACAGUGAAGCUAGCUUCUCUAGUGCUCUCACUGCCAGUUCCUUCUAGCACUUUGAAUCUUACCGCAGAAGAAGAAAAUGGAAUUAGCGAACACAACCUUCAACAGAAAACGCUUCACAAAUUUUUACUUGUUGGUUCUGUCAAGUCUGGAACAUGUACUAUAUUUAAACAGGCCAAGCUUUUGUAUAAUGUUCCUUUCUCUGAAAAUGAGCGCCAAAACAUCAAGUUGGUAAUUCAAAGCAACUUGUAUAGGUACCUUGGGAUAAUACUGGAGGCACGCGAAAUUUUUGAAGAGAGUUUGCGCCAGAAAACUAACGGACGGCAUUUUGAUGAAUCAACUUCUUCUGGGAUCACUGGGGAAAUUGUUGACACAACCUAUUCCAUUGGCCCAAGACUGAAAGCCUUCUCCAAUUGGCUACUCAAAUACAUGGUGUCAGGUAACUUGGAUGCAAUAUUUCCAGCAGCUGCGCGUGAAUAUGCCCCACUGGUGGAGGAACUGUGGAGGGAUGCAGCCAUUCAGGCCACAUACAACAGAAUAAAUGAAAUAAAAAAUUUACCAAGAAGCGCGAGUUAUUUUCUAGAAAGGGCUAUUGAAAUUUCCAGGAUAGAUUAUGAACCCUUGGACACGGACAUCUUGUAUGCUGAAGGGAUAACCUUAUCCAAUGGCCUUUCUUCUAUGGAAUUUUCAUAUACUGUGACAGGUCAUGAGGACUCAUUGGACCCUGAGUAUCAACAUGAUCCUUCACUCAGGUACCAGCUCACCAGAGUAAAUCCAAAAAGCCUAGGAGAAAACUGCAAGUGGUUGGACAUGUUUGAAGACACUGAUGUAGCCUUAUUUUCGGUGGCCUUAACUGACUAUGAUGAGUACAUAGUAGACAGUAAUGGAGUUGCUAUCAACAAAAUUUUAGCAGCCAAACAUCUCUUUGAAAGCAUCAUCACUCAUAGAGUUUUCAGCAACAAGAAAUUCCUUUUAUUGUUGACUAAGUUUGAUCUGCUUGAGGAAAAGAUUGAACAGGUUCCUCUAACACAAUGUGAAUGGUUUUGUGACUUCGACCCAGUUAUUAGCCACAAUCAUAAAACAGAUAGUAUUAGAAAACAUAGCAAUCAUCCUCCAUUGGCUCAACGUGCUUUUCAGUACAUUGGUACGAAGUUCAAGCGAUUGUUCAAUUCUCAUACUGGUCGAAAGCUGUUUGUUUCACUGGUUACUGGGUUGGAACCAGGUACUGUUGAUGAAGCUCUUAGAUAUGCCAGAGAGGUUCUUGUGUGGGAAAAAUGGGACCCCACUUUGAGAAAUGAGAAGUCUGAGAUAACAUCCACAACUUUUGAGGCAAGCUCUGAUGAAAAAUAUAAUAACUAUCACCCUUCAUAGAAAAUUCUAUUGAUUUUUCUUUCUCUCGCAUUUUGGAAUCAAUCAAUACUGGGAUUGAUAUUGAAGGAAAUGGUGCAACCUAAUCUUGAUUAUGCUAGAACUCAUGUUGCCACCAUAUAUGGUCCAAUUGCAUGUCUCCCCAUACAUGCUAGAACUCAUGUUAUCACCCAAAAUUAAAGUUUACCAAAGAUCAUUUCUCAAUGCCGACUUAGCUACAGACGUUGGCAUUUGUCUACGAGAUAGAGAUAAACUUUAUGCACAGAAUUAUUUGUUUAGUAUUCUAAGAAUAUAUGUAGUUAAAAUCA